UGGCCAGUUAUUACUGAAUAAAUGUUUUUCAAUGUGCUAAAGACAAUUGCGAGAAGUGCUUCUAUGGCUUUACAUUUGCCUACUGAACAUGUCAGUGCUGUAUCGGCUGCUGUAAAUCUCUUGCGACAGGGACAUGUUAUCGCUUUGCCUACUGACACAGUUUACGGUUUGGCUUGUAGUGCGGUCGAUGUAAGCGCAAUUAAUAGCUUGUUCCAGCUGAAAGCUCGCAACGAAAAUAAACCUGUGGCGAUAUGUGUCGGUAAAGUAAGCGAUGUACGACGUUGGGCAAUAGUCGACCAUUUGCCUGACGGCCUGCUCGCCUCUUUGCUUCCGGGGCCUGUGACUUUAGUGCUAACUUGUGCGGAUAAACUAGACAAAUCGUUGAGCUUGCGAAACAAGGUUGGUGUACGCAUUCCCGAUAAGCCAUUUUUAAUAGAUGUUUGUAACGAGUUAAAUUUUCCGUUAGCGUUAACCAGUGCGAACGUAAGCAGCGAACCUAGUUCUGUCAGAAUAGAAGAGUUUGUCACACUUUGGGAUAAAUUGGGUGGUGUCUUCGACGGGGGACCUUUAGGAGUUGGAGAUUCGAAUCGAAGUGCUUCGACCGUUAUCGACUUAAGCGAUCCGGGAGUGUUUGAAAUCACCCGAAAGGGAAUAGCCGAAGAACAUUCAAAGAGAAUUCUUAAGAAGUAUGGAUUGAAGUCGCUAUAAGUACACAAUAAAAAUGAAAGCUUUUAUGAA